AACAACAAUAAUCAUUAUUUUUCGCGAUAUGGUUUUGUAUGAUGGAAGUGAAGCUAAGCGAAAGACGAGGCCUUCUUCCUUUCAUCAAACUCCUUCCAAGACCAACCUUUCCAUCUCAGAGUUCUUCUGUCCUUUCCUUACACAAUAAUUUCAGAGGCUUUACUCAGAAAUGGAGGUUUCGGAUUCAGGAUAUCUCAAAGGCUGAACAGCCCACCAAGCACUACUUGGUUCAUGUUAUCAAAGAGGGUGAAACUUUGACUUCGAUUUCAAAGCAGUACGGGGUUUCAAUACAUGCCAUUGCCACUGCUAAUAAGACUAUACAGGACGUUGAUGUUCUUUUCGGAGGCCAGCACCUUAACAUUCCUUCUGACACACGAGACACACUAGUGGUUAGGACUGUGAUAAUUUGGUUACGGGGCCUCAAACUACCAGAAAAUCAUUUAGGAUCUGUGAAUAUCUUGGAUGGACUUCUAGAGCAGAAGAGUUUCAAUGUGCUAUCCUCUCAUUAUUUACCACACGCUAAAACCACUGGUUAUUUUCUAGUUCUGGUUCCUCUUGUAGCAUUUUGCGUUAGACUCAUACUGGAUGCCUUUCACACUAGAGUUGCUGGAGAGUUGAAAGAUGAAGUUGCAAGUGAAUCAGAGUACCAGCAUCAUAGGUGCAGAAGCAUGCGGUGGAAAUCUGCGCUCAGUGACAUAGAAGAAAUAGAUUCCGUGGAUGCUGAGCUAAGUCCACAUUCCAACAACUAUUCAGAAGCUCAAUCUCAAGUUUCUUUCGAAGAGAUGUCACAUGUUUACAACAAGCUCGAACAGGAUUACCAGAAAUUUCUAUCAGAAUGUGGAAUGAGGGAAUCUGGUCACUGGCGUGGAGGUUCUCCUGAAUAAAACCAUUCAGCCGCAUCAAUUAUCAGUCAUUACAAAUAUGGCUAUUGUAUAGCUUUUAGAUGUGAUAUAGAAUAUAGGAUUAGAUUUCAAAUGCAUUUUACUUUUUAGUCUCAAAGUAGUUUUACUUGCAACUUUCUGUUUGUAUAUCAGUAUAUGUACCACUAAGUGGUGGGAAUAAGGUUUGGUUACGAAAAUCAAUCAAUAUACCUAUAAUUUUCGAAGUGUUAAGCCUUGGCUCGUAUGAAAUCACAUGAUCAACCAUUCCACUACAUCAUUACCACAUAACAAAUCAAAAUUUUCCAGUCUAUGAUCAUCAAAUAACGAUUUCACAUCAUCCAUUUUAUUUGUAAAACAGUUAUUGACACUGUCAGAAACCAUAUGAGUUAAACUACAUGCCCUCAACUGCCUUGCUCAACUCCCCCCCCUUUUCAUCGAACACGGCGAGCUUUUUCUUCCUGUCCUAUCCCAAGUGAUUUCUGGGCCUUUUCAAUGCCUUCUGGAUC